CUCUCCCGCUCAUCUUCGUAUUUCAUCUCCCACUUCUCGCCAUGGCAUGGUGCCCGUCCUUGGCACUACAACGGCCGCCGUGUGCACCGUGGCCGUUGCGGCCGGUGCCGGGUGGACGCCGGCGUUGCUGGUGACGCUUCUCCUUUGCCUCGCUCUCUUCCACCGCCUGCAGACCCUGCAUGCCCGCUGCGCCACCGCGCGUGCCGCGCGCCGCGCCGCCGAGCGGCGGUGGGCCGAGGCCCUGGCGCAGCAAGGGCGCUUGGCUGCCCGGCUGAAGCAGGCCUUAGCACACCUGGCGAAGCAGGAGGCAGCCAUUGCACUCGAGGGACCUGCGCUGCGACCCAAGGUUGAUGCACAGGCGUUGCAACUGGCGCUGAAGGCGCUGGAGAACGCCGAGGUGGCCGAAAAGAAGCGUCUUUGUGAGGUGCUUCUCGUGGCCAUUGACUGGGCCCUGGAGCCUCCCUGGGCCAAUAGCGACUCCCCGGUCGCCGCUGUUUCGACAUAUGGCCCACGGGCGGAUUACCAUGCGGCCUUUGCCGAGGCCCUGGCACCAGGCAGCGACGUCUUGGCCCAGCGCCGGGCCAUGCGCCGGUCCUUCACCGCGCCGGUCAUCGAAUCCGAGGAGGUCUUGCAGCAAUGCGCUGGGGCUCAGCUUGAAAACGUGGUGUCCUCCGCCCUCGAGGGCUUGCAGAGUGCCAUGGCCUGGUGGCGCAGCGGGUGACCGGUGACCGCUUUGCUUCGAAAAGACGGAAACCGAGCUUCAAGCGGAUAAGCGGGCGGCUUCUUCUGGGUGUUUUGAGGCGUUGUUAGUGGUUGUGUUUUUCCCCACGCGCACGUGCGCGUGCGCGGCUUCGAGGUUCGACUUCGGGGAAGUCGUCCGAGACGUUGCGGCCUCGACCGGGAUGGGACUCGAGCGGUUUGGGAUGAGGCUGCAUGGAGAAAAAGAAGUCUAAGACUGGACGAUGAGUCAGGGUGG